AUGGCUGAUGAUCCUGUUUUGGACAGGGUAGAUCCUCUGGGAACUACGGUUACCGAUACUAACUUGGUUGGUGGAGUCUCUGCUAGUGGUCGGACCUCUACCAGUCCGCCAAGUACGGGGCCUGGUCCUAAGCCAAGUUUCAGUAUUGGAGGAGGAACGGAAGGAUAUGUGGAUCGAUCAGGAGUACCGAGACAAUACGUGCCACUUAACACGCCAAGGGAGCAGAUUCUAUCCUGGAUCAAGCACAACAACGAAGAGAUUCGUUAUCCACCAAGGCUAGUGAAAGAUGGAGACCGAUCCAAGUUCUGUGAUUUUCAUGAUGGUUAUGGCCACGAAACGGAGGAAUGUGGACAGGAUGCGAAAGGAGUAGAUUUUCCUCAUGAAGACGCUUUGAUUGUAUCGGCCAUCAUUGGUUCAAAAUGGGUAAAACGAUUGCUGGUGGACGAUGGAAGCUCGGUUAACUUGUUGACUCUAUCAGUCUUUUUGACAAUGGGAGGAUCCAAGACUGACCUCAAGCCUGUGAACAUUCCUCUCCUGGGGCUGGGGGGAGCUCCGGUCACCCCAGAGGGCAUGGUCGAGCUAGACUUAGAGCUCGGCAUCGAAAUACCUCAGGAGGACGGAACAGAGGGAAUCCUGGCGGAACCAACACGGAAGAUUGCUAUCCGAGACGAAGUGGAGAAGCUCUUGAAAGCCGGGUUCAUCAGGAAAGUAGACUACCCUGAAUGGCUGGCUAAUGUUUAUGUGGAUGACAUAGUAGUAAAAUCGAAGGGGAUCGAGGAUCACGCACAGGAUUUGGCAGAAACUUUUGAAAAGCUGAAGGGUUUUAACCUCAAGCUGAAUCCAGAAAAGUGUGUUUUCGCAGUCCGCUCGGGGAAAUUUCUAGGGCACCUCAUCUCGGAGAAAGGCAUUGAGGCCAACCCGGAGAAAAUCGAGGCAGUGAUGAGCAUGAAAGCACCCAGCUCGGUGAAGGAGUGGACAGAGGAGUGUAACGCAGCUUUUGAAGAGCUGAAGGUUUACCUCAGCACACCCCCGGUGCUAGGUAGACCUGAGCCCGGAGAAAUCUUAUACUUAUAUCUCUCGGUGAAUGACGAGACAGCAGCAGCAGUCCUUGUGAAGGAGGAUAAGGGUCUGCAAACCCCAGUUUACUAUCUCAGUAGAGUCUUGAAAGGCCCGGAGGUGGCGGCGGAAAAACUAAGGAGAUAUUUCGAGGCUCACAUCAUUGUAGUACGUACGAACCAACCUUUGAGAAAGGCGCUGCAGAGGCCAGAGAUGUCGGGACGGCUGGUCAGCUGGUCGGUCCAGCUGGGAGGAUAUGACAUCCGGUAUGAACCAAGACCGGCUCUGAAAGCACAAGUAUUGGCAGAUUUUAUAGCUGAGACCACAGCAAGCGACCAACCUGAGGAACCUGACGAACAACUUCUACGGUGGGUAUUAGAAGUCGACGGGGCAUCAAAUCUGGAUGGAUCUGGAGCGGGCGUAGUCUUGAAAGGCCCUCACGGAGUCACACUCCGAAGCUCGGUAAAAUUCGAUUUCCCGGCAUCCAACAAUGCCGCGGAGUAUGAGGCUCUGUUGAUCGGAUUGAGAAUGGAGCUCGGAGGAAAAUGGGUGAUAGAGCAAGUUCCUCGCUUGGAAAACCAAGAGGCCGAUGUAUUAGCCAAAGCAGCAACAGUGAAUGAAAAAAUAUCGGGGGCUCAUUUCUCUGUUCAAAAGCAUUCCAGUAUCGACAACCAUGAAACCAUUUUUCUAACUCAGCCGUUGGAAAAUUGGAUGCAAGGUAUAGCCCACUACCUGAUGGAUGGAACUCUGCCAGAAAAUAGAGAUAAAGCCUACAAAAUCUUGCGACAAGCUCCGUACUACGCGUUCCUCGACGGAGUCUUGUACAGAAAGUCAUUCACCCACCCGUGGUCGAGAUGCUUGACGGCAGAAGAAGGGGAGUAUGUGUUGAGAGAAAUACAUGAAGGUAUUUGUGGGGCACACAUAGCUCCUCGCAUGUUAGCAAAGAAAGCAGUGUUGCAGGGCUACUACUGGCCCUUGAUGGUCAGACAGGCAGAGGAGAUAGUAAAGAAGUGUGAAAACUGUCAGAGGCACCAGAACAUCCGACACGCUCCUACUACAGAGCAGUGUCCUAUUACUAGUCCUUGGCCAUUUGCAACAGCGUUGGUAACUGAUAACGGAAAGCAGUUCAACUGCCGAGCCUUCAAGGAAUUUUGCAACGACUUGCACAUUGACUUACGUUUCACUUCAGUAGUUCACCCACAGAGCAAUGGGAUGACCGAAGUAACCAACCGGACGAUCCUAAAAGGGCUCAAGGCCAGGCUGGGGGAGUUCGAUAGACAGUGGCUGGAAGAGCUACCGAAGGCAAUGAUACCGGUGGAAAUCGGGAUGCCAACUCUAAGGGUCCAGUUCUUCGAUGAGGCUAAGAACGAGGAAGAACAGAAAUUAUGCUUAGACCUACUGGAAGAGCGAAGAGAGCAGGCAGCGCUAAGAAUCGAAGCAUACAAGCAAAGAAUGGCUAAGUAUCAUAACACAAAGAGUUAA